AUGGUAAACAAGCCUCCAACCAGUCAUCGUAAACAAAAAACCAGAGCACCAGUUCACAAUGACGACGAGGGGCUUCUGUACCCAGAAAUUGAGGUUUCACCGGAGCAAAUGCUCAAGGCUCAGUGGAUAUUUUCUUCAAGUAAAGACAGCACAAAUAAUGCAAGUUUUACUAAUCGAAAAGAGAAGAUAUUACCUUUAAAAAAGGCUGAAGGUGUUCGAAAUAUCCUAAUUACUUCCGCUUUGCCAUACGUCAACAAUGUUCCCCACUUAGGGAAUCUGAUAGGGUCUCUGCUGAGUGCGAAUAUCUUCGCUAUCUACUGCGAAACAGCGGGUUAUAAUGUUCUCUCUAUUUGCGGAACUGACGAAUAUGGGACAGCUACUGAAGCAAAAGCUCAGGCUGAGGGUCUAACGCCCCAACAGAUAACUGAUAAAUAUCACGCUCUUCACUGCCAAGUAUAUGAUUGGUUUGACAUCCGCUUCGACUACUUUGGACGGACGUCCACUCCGAUUCAUUCCGACAUUACUCAAAAAAUCUUUUGGGAUUUGUAUAACAAUGGCUUCGUAACUGAGGCUUCGAUUGAACAGCUCUUUUGCGGGAAGUGUGCACGAUUUUUGGCGGACAGGUUUGUGGAAGGAAUGUGUCCAUUUUGUAAAUCUGACCAAGCAAGAGGUGAUCAGUGUGAUGCAUGCGGAAAACUGAUAAACGCUGUAGAGCUUAUAAGGCCUAAAUGCAUCACAUGCGGCUGUUCGCCGUCGGUUCAAACCUCGAACCACCUCUUCCUCGAUCUGCCCAAGCUGGAGGAGCGGGUCGCCGCCUUCUGUAAUGAAUGUAUGGAUAAUCCUGACUGUAAUUGGACGCAGGUAGCGCAGAGCAUUACCCGAGCCUGGCUGCGCGAUGGUCUCAAACAGCGUUGCAUUACUCGCGACCUCAGUUGGGGCGUGCCUGUCCCUCUGGCUAACUUUGAAAACAAGGUCUUCUACGUGUGGUUCGAUGCUCCGAUUGGGUAUAUGUCGAUUACAGCUAACUACACGGAUGAAUGGCGUCAAUGGUGGCUGCCCUCAGAUGAUGUUGCGCCCAUCGAAUACUUCCAGUUUAUGGCAAAGGACAACGUGCCUUUCCAUGCCUCUAUCUUCCCGGCUUGUCUUUUGGGAAGUGGCAAGAAGUUUACUCUAGUAAAGAACCUUAUUGCUACGGAAUACUUGAAUUUCGAGGGAAAGAAGUUCUCUAAGAGUCGAGGGGUCGGUGUUUUUGGAAAUAAUGCAAAAGACAGCGGCAUUGAAUCGAACGUCUGGCGGUUCUAUUUGGCUUAUAUCCGCCCUGAAACUCAAGACAGUACAUUCUCUUGGGAUGACUUUGCAAUGAAAAAUAAUUCAGAACUGCUCAACAAUCUGGGAAAUUUCAUUAACAGACCUUUGGCGUUUCUGUUCAAAUUCUUCCAAUCGACGGUACCGAGCAUGAAGAAUCUCCAGCCGGAUGACGUGGCGUUCCUGGCGCGGGUUAAUGCACUUCUGAGCGAGUACCUCGAUCACAUGGAACACUGUCGCCUGCGUGAGGGUGUUCGUUCAAUGCUCGCUAUCUCUCGUCUCGGCAAUGGCUAUAUGCAGGCACAGAAACCCUGGGUUUUGUAUAAGUCCCCGGAUACUAUUGAGAGAGCUGGUGUCGUAGUUGGUGUUGGUUGCAACAUUGCCGCUCUUCUGGGUCUUCUCUUGCGGCCAUUUAUGCCCUCCGUCUCUGAGGAAAUCUUUAUCCAAUGCAAAAUGCCAGACUCGCAUCGAAGCCUCGCCCCCAUUGUUGCCAACGGUGGUCACGUCACCUGUCUCUUACCAGAGGGUCAUAUCAUUGGAGUGGUUAGUCUGUCCAUCUUUGCUUAA